UAGAAAAGAAAGUAGUUGGUCUGAGUGUGUUUAUAUAUCCAACGCUUGCAUUUCCCCACUUUGGCAGUCCACCCUUAUCCUCUGAGAGCUUGGCCUCCGUAAUUAGAUCCUAAAUUAUGGCAGCCUCUGUUUCCAGUGUGGGAGCCGUCAACAGAGCACCGUUGAACUUGCAUGGUUCCAGCUCUGGAGUUCCAGUCCCAAGCUCGGCCUUCUUUGGGAGUAGCUUGAAGAAGGUGAGCUCUGGCCCAAGCUAUGGGAGACUCAGCACUGGUACUUUCAAGGUCAUGGCUGCUGAUCUUGAUGAAUCCAAGCAAACCAAAACAGAUAGAUGGGGACACCUUUAUAGUGAUACCUCGGACGAUCAGCAGGACAUCACCAGAGGAAAAGGGUUGGUGGACAGCCUCUUCCAAGCUCCCAUGGGAGAUGGAACUCACGUCGCUGUCUUGAACUCUUAUGAAUACAUUAGUCAGGGCCUCCGCACGUACAACCUUGACAACACCGUGGAUGGGUUUUACAUUGCUCCUGCUUUCAUGGAUAAGCUGGUUGUCCACAUAACCAAGAAUUUCAUGAAGUUGCCCAACAUCAAGGUUCCCCUUAUUCUCGGAAUUUGGGGAGGCAAAGGACAGGGGAAAUCCUUCCAAUGCGAGCUUGUCUUUGCUAAGAUGGGGAUCAACCCAAUCAUGAUGAGUGCCGGAGAACUGGAAAGUGGGAAUGCCGGAGAGCCUGCAAAGUUAAUCAGACAAAGAUAUCGUGAGGCGGCAGAUUUGAUUGCCAAGGGGAAAAUGUGCGCGCUAUUCAUCAACGAUCUUGAUGCAGGAGCGGGAAGGAUGGGUGGCACAACUCAAUACACAGUGAACAACCAGAUGGUUAAUGCGACUCUGAUGAACAUUGCCGAUUGCCCAACCAAUGUGCAGCUCCCCGGAAUGUAUAACAAGCAAGAGAAUGCUCGUGUACCGAUCAUCGUCACCGGCAAUGACUUCUCCACAUUGUAUGCGCCUCUUAUCCGUGACGGUCGUAUGGAGAAGUUCUACUGGGCACCAACCAGAGAGGACCGUAUUGGUGUCUGCACUGGUAUCUUCAGGACUGACAAUGUACCCAAGGAGGACAUUGUCAAGCUUGUUGAUGCAUUCCCUGGCCAGUCCAUUGACUUUUUUGGAGCACUGAGAGCCCGGGUUUAUGAUGAUGAAGUGAGGAACUGGAUUGCAGACCUGGGAGUUGACAAGGUUGGUAAGAGGCUGGUGAACUCUAGAGAGGGACCUCCCACAUUUGAACAGCCAAAGAUGACACUGGAGAAGCUUAUGGAGUACGGUAACAUGCUUGUGAAGGAGCAGGAGAAUGUGAAGAGGGUGCAAUUGGCUGACAAGUACUUGAGCGAGGCUGCUCUUGGAGAUGCCAAUGAGGAUGCCUUGCAGACUGGAACAUUCUAUGGACAAGCUGCCCAACAAGUGCAAAUCCCAGUUCCACAGGGUUGUACUGACCCUUCGGCCGCCAACUUUGAUCCCACCGCCAGGAGUGAUGAUGGGAGCUGUACAUACCAGCUCUGAGACAUCUCUUCCUCUAGUAUCUCUGCUGCUUGAUACUAGAUACUGUUUCUCAUUGAAGGUUGUUGAAUGGUAGUUCUAAAUUAUGUGUUUUUCUAUGCCCAGGUCUUGUAAUUUCAGUCUUAUGAACUGAUAAUAAUUGAAGAACAUUUAGUGAAUUAUCAAUGCUCAAUCCAACUCAA